GGAAUACUGAAUGCAGUAUUCCAGUAAGUUACUUCUGGAAAACUGAAUGCAGACUUUCGUUUUUUCUUUGGGAGCUAUACCACAAUGUACAACUGAGCCAGCGAGGCUACUGCUCCGAUGUUAUGUUAGUUGGUUAGUUCUGGAUUUCUACGUAAUUUAUUUUCCCUGCUGGACUCCCUGCAUUCAUCCCUCCUCCCUCUUUCUUCCAUUCCUUCUGUGCCUCCUCCUCCCUUUUUCUCUCUUUCCAAAGAGCAGCUUCCUUUUACACUGAAAAAUGGAGACGAGAAGUGAUCAUUCACUGGCUUUCUCUGUCAGGGUCUUCACUCUGCAGGAAAAGGAGGAGCAGGUUCAAGGAGAGGUGAGCAGAGGCCAGCAUGUGAAUGUGUGCGGACAGAGAAAUGACCAAGAACUCACUCUUCAUCUCACCACAGGACAGGAAGCUCAGCAGGUAACUGUGCAGGAUGCCAACGAAGCAUUGGUUUUCCAGUUCACUGUUUCCGAGGAGAUGGACUGCUGCCAGGUCGGAGGUCAGUCCUUCUUAGUCACCAACAACAACAACUGCAGUCUUCUGCUGCAAUUCAAAACUCCAGCUGAUAUGCAGAACUUCCAGAGAUUACUGAAGACCGAGGAAAAUGAAAAGAAGGGGAAAGGUUGGAUUGAAGUACAUCAGGGAGGCAAUGAGGAUGCAGAGAGAGGACCAACAAUGUUUAACAGAAGGAUUGAAAAGAACCCUGCACAGUGCUACCAGUUCCACAGCUGUCUCACCCAGCAGCAGAGCCUGCUUCAGGACUACUUGAGGAACGCCACCUAUCAGAAAGCCAUUUUAGUCAAUGAGGCUGACUUCAGAGACAAGGUGGUUCUGGAUGUGGGCUGUGGUUCUGGUAUUCUGUCUUUUUUUGCAGUGCAGGCAGGGGCUGCCAGAGUGUAUGCUGUUGAGUCCAGCCCUAUGGCCAAGUAUACACAGAUCCUGGUGGAGGAUAACCGUCUCUCUGAGCACAUCAGGGUCUUUGAGGGGGAGAUGGAGCAGGUCAAUCUUCCUGACAUGGUGGAUGUCAUCAUCUCUGAGCCCAUGGGUUAUAUGUUAGUUAACGAAAGGCUCAUGGAGAACUUCUUGUUUGCCAGGAGAUGGCUCAAACCCAAUGGUGUGAUGUUUCCCUCCUAUGGAGACAUUCACGUGGCUCCUUUCAGUGAUGACCAACUGUACUUUGAGCACUACGCACGGGCCAAUUUCUGGCAGCAGAGGAGCUUCUAUGGCGUGAACCUGAGUGCUCUUCACAAUGCUGCGGUGGAAGAGUUAUUCAGGCAGCCUAUAGUGGACACAUUUGAUGUUCAUAUCCUGAUGGCCAGGUCUGUCAAGCACUGCAUCAAUUUCAUGGAAGCUAAAGAAGAGGAUUUGCUGAGAAUAGAGAUUCCCUUUGUGUUUACUCUGCUCCAGUCUGGUCUGAUCCAUGGACUUGCCUUCUGGUUUGAUGUGGCCUACCUGGGAUCCAAGGCCACAGUAUGGUUCUCCACUGCUCCCACAGAGCCUCUGACCCGCUGGUUCCAGGUCAGAUGUCUACUUCAGACGCCGCUCUUUGCCAAGCUUGGACAGACUUUGUCUGGGACAGUCCAACUGGCUGCUAACAACAGACAAAGCUAUGACAUCCACAUCACAGCUACAGUGGACCAAUCAGGCUUCAGAUCUGGGAACAUCCUGGAUCUCAAGAAUCCUUUCUUCAGAAGUUACCCAAGUGGAAAUCUUCAAAGUUCAUUUUGUCAGUAGACCAAAUUUAAACAUGAGUACAAUUUGUACAGUUCAUGUAAGUUCUAUGUUCAUAAAUAUCCAUCCAUCCAUCAUCUUCUGUUUAUCUGGGCAUGGGUCACGUGGGCAGCAUUCUAAGCAGAGACUCCAAGACCUCCCACUUCCCAGCCACCUCCUUCAGCUUAUCCAAGGGAACACCAAGCUUUCCCAGGCCAGCUGAGAGAUGUAAUCUCCCCCAGCAUAUCCUGGGUCUUCUUGGGGCCUCCUUCUGCUGGGACAUGCCCAGCAUGUCCCUUUCAAAAGACUGAACUCCUCACACUCUCUCUAAGGGAGAGGCCAGCUACCCUUUGGAAAAAAAUUAUUUCUGUCACUUGUUUCUGCGUUCUUGUUUUUCUUUCAGUCACCAUCCAGAGCUUGUGACCAUAGGUGUGGAUAGGGAUGUAGAUCGACCAGCAAAGCGACAGCUUAGCCUUCUACACUAUGACAAACUGGUAUAGCCCCAAUCGCUCUGUCAGUCUCUUGUUUCCCUCUCCCCUCACUCAUGAACAAGACCCUAAGAUAUUUAACCCUUUGGGGUCCACGGAUGCGCCAGCGCAUCCAAAUCACAUGACCAAUUUAAGAUGACAGAGCAAUAAGUUGCAGCCACCCUGAGUCUCCAUUUCAACUUGUGUUGAAAAUGUGGACUUCAAACUAUAUACCAGUUUUUAAAUUGUGUUGAUAGACCAGGUAAAACCAGAGUUAUGAUAAAAAUAAAUGUUUUUUCCUGAAUACUAUCGUAAUGUUUACUGCAGGAAGAAGAGCAUAAGAGCAAAGGAAAGAGCGAGAUAGCAAGUUUUGAAAUGUGAGAGGUUUGUGACGUUUAGUGUGUUUGGAGUGUGAAGUUAGUCUGUUGUCUUGUGUAGUUAGUAUUUAGUGUAGUUGUCUGUUUUGUUUUGUGUGUCAAAAUACCUCCUGCUUCCAGGCCUGCAGGUAUCAGGCUGGUUAUGUGCUCCUCUGUCUUAUGGUGGACAGAAAUGAUUUUUUUGGAGUGGCACAAAUAAUUUGUGCAGCAUCUUAUUUGAUACAAAACACCUGAUUGUUCUGUAAAUUGUUUUAAAUGGUUACAAAAAAACCCGCCUGAUGUCUUGGUUGCAUUUUUAGGAAAAUAGUUGCAUAUAACUUUGUUGUCUGCAAAACUUGUGCAUAGGUUUUUAAAAUGUACAAUUUCUCUUUUCAUUUUUAACAAAAAAUAAUUCAUUAAACAUGUUUGUGGUUUUUACAAUAAAAUAUAUACAUUUUUUUACACUGAUCUUAUGUUUUAUGUCUGAUUUUUGAUCAACUGUGUUAAUAAAAUUUGUCAAAAAUUGAAAAAAGUGCUGUAAAUUCAGACAUGUGAGGUUGUGUUGAUACCAAACAAGGCAAGAUAAAUAGUUUUUAAAGGUGAAAUAUAGAGGUAAAAUCAAAGUAGUUAAAACAGCCAAGUAUA